CUUUCAUCCGACGAUCCCAGUCACUCCAAUCCGUUUCGGACGGACGAGAUUUCAUCUGGAUCAUAUAUAAAUACCCACCUCGCUCUCAUUUAAUAAACCCUCCACGGGGGUUUAGCUGUGGGGAGAGUCAGCUGAGGAUUCAACGACCUCUCGAAGGUUCUGAUUUUGAACAAUGGCUUUCACUUGCAAAAUUGGAAAUAUACUAAAGAGGACAGUAAGUAAUCAUAUUAAAUCAGACUUGUCUGCAUCCAGUCCAUCAAUGUACCAAGCGAUACGAUGCAUGUCAUCUUCCAAACUCUUUGUUGGAGGACUCUCGUAUAGCACAGAUGACCAAAGUCUGAGAGAAGCAUUUACUGGCUAUGGGGAAGUCAUAGAAGCAAGAGUUAUCAUGGAUCGUGAGACGGGCAGAUCUAGAGGCUUUGGCUUUGUUAGUUUCACAUCUGGCGAGGAGGCAUCUGCAGCCAUCACUGGAAUGGAUGGAAAGGAUUUACAUGGCAGGAUGGUAAGAGUGAACUAUGCUACUGAAAGGACGGGAGGAUUCCGUGGCGGCGGUUAUGGAGGUGGUGGCGGUGAUUAUGGAGGUGGUGGCGGUUAUGGAGGUGGUAGUGGUGGUUAUGGCGGCGGCAGCUAUGGUGGUGGUGGUGGUAAUUAUGGUGGCGAUAGCUAUGGAAGUGGGGGUGGUGGUUAUGGUGGUGGUGGAGGAACAAGGGGUUAUGGUGGUGGUGGAGGAACAGGGGGUUAUGGUGGCGACAGCUAUGGAAGUGGUGGUGGCAGCUAUGGUGGAAGCAGCAGCAGUUAUGGCAGUGGAGGUGGUGGUUAUGGCGGGAAUAGUGGUGGCGGAAAUUAUGGUGUUGCUGGCGGGGGUGGCGGCAGUGAUGGUUAUGUCAGUGCUGCCAAUUUUGGUGCUGCCGACAGUGGUAGUAGCUAUGGUGGGAGCAGAGGAAUGGGAUAUGGAAGUAGCCAAGGGAGCAUGAAUGCUGGCGGCGAUUACAACCAGGGCAAUCCGAUAGAGGGGAAUUACAGGGACGAAGACGAUGAUGAGCCGGACGACUACACUGACAAGCGAGUUUGAUGCGGAGGAACAUGGACCUUGCUGAUGAGAAGGCAAUGCAUGCACAGAUAAGAGGGGGAUUUACUGGGAAAAAAAUAAUAAUAAAAAAAACUGAAAUCUGCAGCCAAACAUGCCUUUUUUUCUUUCUUUUUAAUUAGUACCUGUUAUAGUUUUGUUGACUUUGUAUCAGUUUCAUGCGCCUUUUUUCUUUUUUGUUUUUGGUUCGUAUGCUACUGCUGCUGAGAUUUGUGUAGAUGGUGACUCAGAAUUCCAUGAAAUUUGACAUCUGAGAGACGUUGGGUGA